AUGACAACGGAAAUCGGUAUGAACUUUCCUCUACAUCAACAAACGACUGUUCAAGAAAUCCUGAAUGGAGCAGCUCUCCAAAGUAUUAGUAACAGCAACAACAAUUCUUCUUCGAAUAUAACCCAGGCCCGUCCCACCAAUCUCUUAACAAGUUAUCAAUAUGCUGCGUUUGCAAUUAAUGGACCUUUUCUCGUGGUAUUCUCCUUGACCAGUAUUGUCAUAAUUUCAAUCAUGAUCAAACUCAGAAAUCAACAAUCACAAAUGUCAACCUCUCAUCGAAGUGAAGCAAAGAAAAAUCAAAGAAUUUUGUUUUCCCUAUUGUUGAGUCUUUCCCUUUGUUCUCUUUUAAACAUGUUCACCAGAAUUGGAUCAGAGUUGACCUAUGUCAGCAAUCAACCAAAAACUGUCUUAAUAGCAAAUUCAAUACUGAAAGGAAUUGAUCGAAGUGUGCUUUGUCUGACCACACUAUUUGAAUUUCUUCUCAUAACAUUUGUUUCUCAUGUGUUUUUGGGGACCACCAGAAAAGUUGGAGCCAUUUCAGAGAAAAAAUACAGGAUAUUACGAAUUCUGGUAUUGCAUGUUUUCACCACUGUUUUGACAAUUGACCUUCUUACAGUUGCAAUUUUUUGUCUUGUCGUCGGUGGAGUGUUAGCUGCCGAUUUAGGAGCAGCAAUUGCCAACUACUUUGUCAUGACCGUUCUUAUUGUAGCAGCUCUUUCUUUUGCAUUGAUAACUUCUCUUCAACUUUCACUAAUGCAUUAUGUUGGAUUUUUAUUGCUUCGAUCCAUUCAACAAGGAGAAAAGAAACUCCAAAAUUCUUCAUUGAACACUAUUCCCAAAACUCUUGAAGAAGAGAAUCCCAACUCCAAGCUUUCCAAAAUUCCAUCUCAUUCUGCUCUUCAAGGUGUCAACACGAAACGAGUGGCCUUAAAAAAAGCCAUUUCCGUCUUGAUUGGUGUCACGAUCAGUUUAGUAUUUCAAUUUUUAGGGUUCUUUUGCGUUCCAUUUACCAUGUUGAAUAGUAAUGCCAUGUUAAUAUUUUUUGCUUUGCAUGACUUGACGUUGGCUUUUAUUUUGAUUUUAUUUGUGGUUAUUUAUCGACCUCUUCAUGACAUUCAGGAGACUAACUCGACAUCUUUUAAUGCAAAUGUUCAGCAACAAACAUCAACGACUGGUGAUAAAAACAGCCAAAAAGUUUUUCCGUCGGCUUGUGUUUGA